GUUAAGAAAUAUUUGCAUUUACAGGCUACAUUGCCUUAAAUUGUGAAUUUUGUUACUAAAAUUGUAUUCAACUAUAUCACAACUUAUUAGUUCUACAGACAAAUAUGGAGGAUACAGCAGAAAUUGCUCUAAAAACACUGUGUUGCACAUGCUUAAGUAACGACAGAAAGCUGUCCCAACUUUGCCGAAUAAAUGAUGGAAUAAACAAUCUAUAUUCGCUUCUAUCAUACGACUCGGAAGCUUACAGAGAAGGAUUCUACAAGGAAGCUGCAAGCUUGUUCAUUUGCUGGGAGUGUGCAGCGAUCAUGCGGAGGAUCGCCCGCUUUAGACGGCAGGCUUGUGUGGCGCAGAAACAGCUGUCGGUUAUAGCAGAGGGCCAGGAUUUUAAAUCCAAAAGUUGUCUCUCCCAUCUUCUCUUCUGCCACAAACAUACCUAUGACUUCACUGUAAUCUCUGACAUACAAGAAACUGACAAUUUCAUAGACUGCGGCCCGGAAAUCAAGACUGAAACUGACAUGGAUGACAUACCACUGUCAGAGUUACAUUAUAAUUGUGUGUCAGAUAAUGACUGCCAUAUUGAAGAAAAUUAUGUUAAAGAAAAGAGAGAAAUUGAAGAAAAUGUUAAAGUUAAAACUAAAAGAAAGAUAAUUGAAUGUCAGAUAGAUAAAGUUGCAAAUAAAAAACGCAAAAGGUUAAAAAAGGAAGAUUACUUUAAUUAUAAGGAUUAUUUAGUAACAAAAGAAAUGGGUGAAGAGGAAAUGCUAGAGAUUAGAGAGAAAAAAAAAAUGGAGGAAGGUUUUGUUUCUGCAGCAUUCAAAUGUGAGUCUUGUGUGAAGGUAUUUAAGAGUCAGAUUAGCCUGGAGCGACACAAUGAGGAUAAUCAUGUGGAGAAACCCGAUCAUGUACAGUGCCUCAUCUGCCUAUCAUACGUAAAGAUGGACAGCGCGACCGCCCACAAGUCUGAGCACUGCACGCAGCACUCCUGCCUUCUCUGCGACCAGGCCUGCUACAGUGUGCAGGAUAUGAACAAGCAUUUGAAAGUUCACAAGCGUGUGAAGAGUAAUAAGACCGGGAGACCUGGUAACAAAUGCAGCGGGGCGAAGAGCCUGCCCACAGAUGUGUACCCCUGCCCAGAGUGCAACAAGUAUUUUCAGAACAAGAACCAGCGUUGGAAGCACGUGCAGCGCCAGCACCGGGAGGGGCACACGUGCACCGCUUGCGGUAAGAAGUUCGCCUUCAAGAAUAACCUCGCCAGGCACCAACAGGUCCAUCUUGCGCCGCCUCCCCGCCAGCAGUGCCCCUCCUGCAACAAACUAGUCCGCGUCGACCUUCUGAAGGUCCACGCGAGGAUCCACCAGAAGCGAGAGCAGUUCGAGUGCGUCGAGUGUGCCAAGAGUUUCGUCAGUCGAGCGUCGUACGAGCAUCACCUCAAGUACACUCAGGCGCACGCCAACAAGGACAUACUCAAGUACAAGUGCAGUGUGUGCGAAAAGGGGUACCGGUCCCGCGGCGAACUGCGGGACCACGUCAAUUACCAGCACAGAGGGCAGACCCAGCACGAGUGUCCCGUCUGCGGCAAGGCGCUGGCAACGCGCAGGUGCAUCACGCGGCACGUGCGGCGCGCGCACCAAGGCCUUAAGGAGGGGCCGAGGGACAAGGUCUGCCAGCUGUGCGGGAAGGCAUUCAGGGAUAAGAAAGGUCUCCGCGAGCACGAGUUCACCCACACGGGCGAGCGGCCGCUCUCGUGCGAGCUGUGUGGGUGCACCUUUAGGCAGAGCGCGUCUCUUUACACGCACAAGAGGCGGGUGCACAAGAUAUGCCCGCCCAGGAAGACUGUUAGCGUUGUUGCACCUAAUGCUAGAGGGGAUACGGUCGAAAAUGCAACAACCGAGUAGGAAAAC